AUGUGUAUAUCAAAUAAAGAGAAAGCAAAUCGGCCAGAGCGGGAGGAGAGGGUCUCAUAUGUCGAGCAGAGCCGUGGUGGAUAUGGCUGGAACACAGAUAGACCCGACGGAGCCGAUCCAUCCACGCACCAGGCGGCGCGCAUUUUCGCAGACGACGUUGCCUUCCGGACUGGGGACGCACAUCUCGCUGUUUCUCCAGGACAUUCCGCACGAGCGUGUCGCCGCACUUCGUCCGCGGCUCAUCGGAGGCGGGAGGCACUCUAUCGUGGCCGCCGCCGACUUCUCUUCCUGUUCAGGCCCGCGACGAGACGGCGUUUCUGGGGUGCGAGGACGCGCUGCGCUGAAGGAUCGAAAAAAUAAAUAUGCUUUUUUUGAAAAUUUUGAUCUUGGGAAAUGGGACCACUUGACAUAGCGACGCACAUUUGAUCGGCAUGGGGAUUGGGCCCUGGGCCGACAACGUCCUGUCUUUUUCACACCAUGCCUCCGAAUGUUGUGAAUAACUAUGAAAAGCAAACGAUGUUAAGAAAAAGCCGAAUUACAAUCGCACUGCUAGUCGGAACGAAGUAACGUUCUUUUAUCUUUUUUGGUGUUCCGAUGGAGCUCGUUAUUGUUUCUUUGCAAGGUUAUUUGCGCCGAUAAAUCUAAAUCCGCAUCAACUCCGAUCGUUUAUCCUCGCACAUUUUUUUGCACGCGGCGGCGGCCCCCCGCGAAGUCCACG